AUGCACAAGUCCCCAGGUACAAUUAAACGGAGAGACAGCGACGACCCCAUCGACUGGCUUGUACAGGCAGCCGCAACUGGAGUCGGCUUCGUGUCGGAGGUGUACCGAUACCGACAGGAUAAGAAAGCCGCGACGCGCGAUGCAGAGGCGACGACUGCCACCGAGGACCGCGAGGCCCCGGCACCCGAUUUUGUCGACACCUUCAACACGUCGCUCGUUCCCAACCCAUAUAUUUUCGCCAUCAACCUCGCGGGGUUUGCCGGUUUAGCGUAUCCGGAGCCUAUAAUGAUGUUGCUCGACGCGACCCUCGGUCUCGCCGUGGACGCCGCCAUGGAGGCCCAGAGCCGUUUCAGGUCAAACACGUUCUUAGACCGCGCCAACGCCGGCUUCUUCCGCCCCCGCGGGCUCAUCUGCCUCGUUGUAACUUACAGGCCCGAUGCCGUGGGCGAAGGCCUGAUCACGGGCGUCGACUUUGACGGAACGCCGUAG